AUGGGUAUGGAGUGUACUAGUGGAAAGGGAGCUAAUUUUAUGGGUAUGGAGUGUACUAGUGGAAAGGGAGCUAAUUUUAUGGUUACGGAGUGUACUAGUGGAAAGGGAGCUAAUUUUACAGCUAUGGAGUGUACUAUGGGAAAGGGAGCUAAAAAAGUGUAUACCUAA